CCAGUGAUCUUGCACCUGCUGGACAUCCCCAAGGCGAUGAACGCACUCAACGGCGUUGUCAUGGAGCUGGUCGACUGUGCCUUCCCUCUGCUCAAGGAUGUGGUUGCCACGGACGACGAAAAGACGGCAUUCUCCGGCAUCGACGCAGCCUUCCUGAUCGCUUCAGUGCCCAUCAAGGAUCGGAUGGUGCGCAGGAAUCUGCUGGUCGCCAACACCAAGAUGUACAAAAACCAAGGACGCGCUCUCGACCAGUACGCCAAGAAGUCCGUUAAGGUACUUGUGGUGUGCAACCCGGCCAACACGAUUGCUCUGGUCUGCUCCAAGUAUGCGCCCUCUAUUCCCAAGGAGAACUUCUCCGCCUUGACGCGCCUCGACCACAACAGAGCCAAGAUGCAGAUUGCGCAGAAGCUAAAGGUGACGGCUGGGGACGUGCGCAACGUGAUCAUCUGGGGCAACCAUUCCUCCACCCAGUUCCCGGACGUUAGCCACGCGUCGGUGACCGUCAAUGGUCGGAGCGUCAAGGUCACCGAUGCCAUAAAAGACGAAGCCUAUUUUCAGGGCGAAUUCCUCACCAUGGUGCAGGAGCGCGGAACCGAAGUUUAUGAGGCGCGCAAGCUCACCAGCGCCAUGUCGGCAGCUAAGGCGGCGGCUGACCACGUGCACGACUGGUGGCACGGCACCCCUGAGGGCGAGUGGGUCUCCAUGGCAGUAAUGAGCGACUGUUCGUACGGGUCGCCGGCCGACGUGGUGUUCAGCUACCCGGUGCAGAUCGAUGCCCACCGGGACUGGCACAUCGUGGACGGACUGUCCAUGUCGGACUUUGCCCGGGCCAAGCUCGAGGUCUCUGGCAAGGACCUUGUCGAUGAGCGCAAUGAGGCGCUGGCCGUCUGCAAGGACUGACGUCCGCCCCACACGCAUGGUCAAGCUCUGAAGGUCGCGCCCAUCUCCGC